AUGCUGAGACACCCCGGGAGAACAAUCACGAUCUACGACGUUUCGGAACUGUUAGGGGAAGCUUUCCCAAGGGCGAUGGUGCCUACCAAUAUAAUUAGUGGCUUCAGGGCGGCUGGAAUAUGGCCCAUAAAUGCCGACAUUUUCACGGAGAGUGAGUUCAUGACCAGUUUAGUUACGGACCGCCCUCCCCCUUCUCAACUUGAAGAACCAGCACAGAGAAGUGUGGCAGCGUUGGACUGUGCUCCCCCUUCCCCGCUUGAGGAUCCCAUACAGAGCAGUGUGAUAGCGUCGGACUGCCCUCUCCCUUCUCCACUUGAGGAGCCCGUACAAAGCAGCAGUGAUAUCAUGCCCUACUCCAAGGCAGGUCCACGCUCGCAGUCGUCGCGCGGGAGAAAGCGAGGACGUACUCGCAUCCUAACCGAUACUCCGGAAAAAGCAGCCAUUGAAGAACAAUCAAAUAAAAAGUUAGCGAAGAUAGCGGAGAUAGAAAUGAAAAGGAAGAUUAAAGAAAAUAGGCCUACCAAGAAAACAGGGGGGAAGAAGAGUUAUGCAGCGAUGGCGAGGGUCAUAGAGCUUUUGAGCCCAUCAGAAAAGAAG